GUGCGCAACCCACAGCUGCGCUCCCUAGAUGGUGUGUGUGAUGAUACGUUUGCUGGCACCACUCAAGGCAGGCAGUGGCCCUUUACUCCGAGCUUUUUCUUCGCUUUCAGCUGAUAACGGAACGCAAGCAGGGACACUCUUUGGCAGCCUUGGUGGAAUCGUCCACAAGGAUCUCCCCCCGCUUGUGUAUCACGAGCGCUACAGCGCGGACCCAUGGCCCCCGAAGCACAGUUUUCCCAUGUCAAAGUUCAGGGACCUCGCAGAACUUCUUGCCGAUACCAACGGCCCGCUUGGCGAUGAAGGGCCGGUCGCGAUGAAGGGGGCGUUUCGUCCGAUGGACCGGCCUCCUCACAAAUGGUUCGAAGCCGUGCACGAUCCUCUGUACUACAGGGCAUUUGUCGGCGGUACAUUGGACGGAAAGGUCAUACGCAGGAUCGGCCUCCCCUACACCGAGCCUUUGGUGGAUCGAACGUUGCUUGAGGUGUCCGGUACCGUUCUGGCGGCCCGACUUGCCCUCAAGUUUGGUCUAGCCUGCAACUUGGCCGGGGGCACGCACCACGCGCACAAGGGCUUCGGGAGCGGGUACACGAUUCUUAAUGAUCUGGCGGUGGCAUCUCGGGUGGUCCAGGCAGACGGCACUGCAAGCAAGGUAACCAUCGUCGACUGCGACGUGCAUCAAGGGGACGGCACCGCAACGAUCUUCGCCGACGAUGCUUCCGUCCGAACACUCUCAUUCCACUGCCAAGACAAUUUUCCGGCCGUGAAACCGGCCUCCGAUAUUGACGUCGGGUUCCCGCCGGGAGCUGGCGAUGAGGAUUUACUCUCGGCGCUACGACGAGUACUGCCGGACGAGUUCGCAGAGUACCCUCCAGACCUCGUCCUGUACGACGCUGGAGUGGACAUGCAUGCCGGUGACAGAUUAGGGAAAAUGCUCCUUACAGACGAGGGCCUUCUAGCUCGAGACUACUACGUCAUCAGCACGUGCCUCGAUAUGGGUUUACCGGUAGCCUGCGUGGUGGGGGGAGGCUACGACAGCGACCGAGAUGUGCUAGCACGACGGCACUCGACUGUAUUCAAGGCAGCUUUUCAGGCGUGGCGAGACUUUGAUAUGCGUACAAACUGGAGAUAGCAUCCAACCUUCUACGCCUUUAUUCAGCGUGCCCCCAGUGGGGUAGAUUGAUGGGUGGCCUCCCUUGGUGUGUGCGGACGGCCAUUUUCAGCCUAACUGGCGAGCACCUGGAAUGGAAUACUCGUCGGCAUCCCACUUUGCACGCGUUGGGAUGUCGUAAGCAGAUGUUGUUCAUGUAGACCAUGUGUUGAUUUUGGACCCCUCACACGUGCGUGGGGAAAUGGCAUGGCGGGGUCCGACGUUACCCUGGCCGUACUACAUACAAUAGAGGGGUGCAAGCAAGGAUACUGCUGUAGCAUACAUGUUCCAAAUUGCAUUGGAAUAGUUUGUGAGCUUUGAUUCCUGUCCUGUUUUGUUGUCUUUGCUGUUUUGGUCCCUCAUUCGUGUUCGAGUGGGAACGAUGGGCUCAAUCUAUAUGUGGUCUCAUUGUCAGACAUGUGGACUGCGACGUACAUAUAUGUGAAUUCCUGGAGCUUCGUUCGUCCUUUGACGCUAGGGCUCUUGUCUUCGUUUUCUGUACCACAUACUUGGACUUCGAAGUAUUACAAUAUUGUUCUUCGUGGACCGUGUUGAAACUUCCUUGUAAUGGAGGUAUCCCGUGACCGCGGAAUGCUUCCGCUUCAGUACAAUAUUUCGGACGUUCCAAGGAGAAAUUGGAACAAAUGAUUGAUGUGAACGACAACACUGGCAACAAACUACCCUCUAGCGUCGGGGUUUGAGGA